ACCUCCCAUCUCCAAUUCCGAAGUCCAAUCUGAUAAGGAAAUCACGACAUUUAUAUUUUGGCCCCGUUCCGCUCUCUCUGAGUAGCGGAUUUCGGUUUAGAAGUGGACUUGGACCGGAUCAGCGCAGAAAAUGGAUUUCUACCCACAGCCCGUCUACAACCCGGUGAUUCCUUACACUGGGCCCAUUCCCGGAGGCUUACAGGAUGGUAAGAUGAUCAUGAUUAAAGGACGAGUGCUUCCUGACUGUAAAAGAUUUCAUGUGAAUCUUCAGUGUGGCUCAAUGACACAGAAUUGUGAUGUUGCCUUUCACUUCAACCCACGCUAUGAGGGUUCAGGUUAUGUUGUUUGCAACACCUUUGAGAACCAAGACUGGGCCAGCGAGGAGAGGAAAUUUGAAAUGCCAAUCCAGAAAGGAGAAACUUUCCAACUUCUCAUACUUGUCCAGGCAGAUUGCUACAAGGUGGCAGUGAAUGAUAAACACUUCCUGGAAUUCAUACACCGGAUCCCAUUCUCCAGAGUGGAUACCAUUGCUAUCGAUGGUCAAGUCGAGGUCAUCUCCCUCAGCUUCAUAAACAGCAAUGUUGGUUUCAAUUUGCAAGUUCCGUUCAAGACUCUGAUUCCCGGAGGGCUGGCUGUCUUGCGAACUAUUUUCAUUCAGGGGACUGUCAAACCAAAUUGUGACAACUUUUUCAUUAAUCUGAAGCCAAGUAAUUCGCUCGACAUUGCUUUCCAUGUCAGCCCUCGAUUCCGCACCGAGCAUGUUGUUGUCCGAAACAACCGCAAGCAGAAUUCCUGGGGCACUGAGGAGCGGACUUUGCCUGAAAAUCCAUUUUCUCCUGGACAGCCGUUCGAGCUUACCAUUCUGUGUGAGCCCUCUUUCUUCAGGAUCUCUGUAAAUGGACGUCACGCCUUCGAUUUCAAUCAUCGCUACCAACCGAUCCAGCUGAUCGAUGAACUGGAAAUUGGAGGGGAUGUGACUCUCACUGCUGUCCGCUUUUAAAUGCCCAGCCUCCGAAACCCACUCGCCUUCGGUGUUUGUCAAAUCACGCUUGUUGUUGUAGUGUUGGAUGGCGGUGGUGCUGAUGGG